CAGUCGUAAUCUUCCCUUCUUCUCUCUUUUUUUGUCUCUCAGAUUUAUCCAUCUCUAGGGCUUACGACACUUUCCAGCUUUCACAGCCCAGCUGAGGGAGAAGCCAACGAUUGUGGGUGUCCAUGAGCUGGAUUGGAAAAGGCAUUCGGCCGGGUGCGCCCUUGUCUUUCCGACGUCAAUGUCCUCGACGCGCUUUAUCGUACUUCAAUGUCGUGUACAGGCCAUCGUCACCGGUCCGUGACCGCAUACUGGAGCGACUAGACCACCGAUUCUUCUCCUCCUCUGUUCCGCCGUUCAUUCAUCGGACGCCAUCCCUCAACAACCCUCGCUGGAUUAAUUCCAAACACAACCCAACGGAUAUUCCGUCCAAAGCAGAUGAGAAGGCGAUAGAUGAUGCAGAGGAACUGUGGGAUGACCAGGUGCGGCUGCGUUCUGAGGAUGACGAGAAUCCUUCCGAAGGGUCAUCGUCUUCAGAGUCCUCACCACCCGCUUCUUCGUCUUCAGAUGGUCAUGACUCUGGAGAUUCAAGUCAGCCUCCUUCUUCGUCACGUCCUUCGUCGCCAGCUGCAAUCGCGAAACAAUCCGUUCCCGAAAUCUAUCCCCAGGUCUUGGCUCUCCCCAUCGUUCGUCGUCCACUUUUCCCUGGAUUCUACAAGGCUGUUGUCGUCCGUAAUCCUGAAGUAGUUGCAGCUAUCAAGGAGAUGAUGAAGCGUGGUCAACCGUAUCUUGGCGCAUUUCUCCUGAAGGACGAAAACAUCGACAGUGACGUUAUUACGGAUAUCAAUACCGUGCAUCCUGUCGGUGUGUUCGCUCAGAUAACCAGUGUGUUCAGUGCUGGAAGCCAAGAUGAUAAGGAAGAAGGCCUGACGGCCGUCCUUUAUCCUCAUCGGAGGAUCAAGAUCACCUCGUUGGUUAAGGCUGGUGGUGUUGCGACCGUAGAAUCAGUUGGAGAGGAGGAAGUUCAAACUGUGACUCCUCCUGCUACUCCAACGUCGGAACAAGCUCCUCAGACCCUUCAUGGACCGGUGCAAACCUCUUUCUUGCACAACCACGCUAUAUCCAUCGUCGAGGUUGACAAUCUUGUUACUCAACCGUACAACAAGGACAAUCAGUACAUACGUGCUUUCAUGUCUGAGAUCGUUUCAGUCUUCAAGGACAUCGCUCAGUUGAACCCCCUCUUCCGUGACCAGAUUACCAACUUUUCGAUUAACCAAAUCGCGUCGAAUGUUUUCGAUGAACCCGACAAGCUGGCAGAUUUUGCUGCUGCAGUGUCAACGGGGGAAGUCGGUGAAUUACAAGAUGUUCUGGAGAGCUUGGUCGUCGAGGAUCGCUUACGAAAAGCUCUGCUGGUGCUGAAAAAGGAACUUAUCAAUGCCCAGCUUCAGAGCAAGCUCUCUCGGGAUGUUGACAGCAAAAUUGCUAAGCGUCAACGAGAGUACUACCUGAUGGAACAGCUUAAGGGUAUCAAGAAGGAGCUGGGUAUGGAGUCAGACGGAAAGGACAAACUUAUUGAGAAGUUCAAAGAACGAGCAGCGUCAUUGAAAAUGCCGGAGACUGUUAGAAAAGUCUUUGACGAGGAGAUCAACAAGCUUGCCGGCUUGGAACCUGCUGCGUCUGAGGCAAAUGUGACCAGGAACUACUUGGAGUGGCUAACUCAAAUUCCGUGGGGUCAGCACUCGCCAGAGAACUACUCCAUUUCCCACGCGCAGGUCGUCCUAGAUGAAGAUCACUAUGGCCUGAAGGACGUUAAAGAUCGAAUUCUGGAAUUCCUUGCCGUUGGAAAGUUACGUGGCACAGUUGAGGGAAAGAUCAUUUGUCUCGUAGGACCUCCUGGUGUAGGAAAAACAUCCAUUGGCAAAUCGAUAUCGCGCGCGCUCAACAGGCAGUUCUUUCGUUUCUCAGUUGGUGGCUUAACCGACGUUGCCGAGAUCAAAGGUCAUCGUCGAACAUACGUUGGGGCACUACCGGGAAAAAUCAUCCAGGCGCUCAAACGUGUUGGAACAGAGAAUCCUCUUGUUCUGAUUGACGAAGUUGAUAAAAUUGGCCGGGGUAUCAACGGUGAUCCUGCUAGUGCACUUCUGGAGAUGUUGGAUCCUGAGCAAAACAAUAGCUUCUUAGACCAUUAUAUGGAUGUCCCUGUUGACCUGUCGCGCGUCCUUUUUGUAUGCACAGCCAAUAACCUUGAUACUAUUCCGGCACCUCUUCUUGACCGUAUGGAGGUCCUUGAAGUUAGCGGUUAUGUUUCGGAGGAAAAAGCAGUUAUCGCGGACAAAUAUCUUGGUCCUCAAGCCAGAGAGGCCUCGGGUCUCAAGAACGCAGACGUUCUCCUAGACCCUUCUGCUAUUGACGUACUUAUAAAGUACUACUGCCGUGAGAGCGGUGUUCGAAAUUUGAAGAAGCACAUUGAGAAGAUAUAUCGGAAAGCUGCUUUGACGCUUGUUCAGGAUCUUGGAGAAGAGGCCCUUCCUGAGCCUCCCUUGGUCGUUCCAACGUCUUCAUCGGUCGCAGAGUCUACUACAACCGUUGAGUCUCAAGAACCUCCUAGCAACGAGCCAUUAAUUGGUCGUGAUCCCUCAGGUGAAAGGAUGACAGUCACGACCCAGCAACGCAAGCCUAUGUCCAUACCUGAUACAGUACAUGUCAGGAUAACCCCCGAAACCCUCAAAGACUACGUUGGUCCGCCGAUAUAUCAGAAGGAUAGAAUGUACGUGCACCCCCCUCCGCCUGGUGUGAGUACCGGUCUUGGGUACCUCGGUAAUGGAUCUGGCGCAGUAAUGCCUAUUGAAGCUAUGAGUAUGCCUGGCAAAGGAAAUCUUCAGCUCACCGGAAAACUUGGUGAGGUUAUCCGGGAGAGCGCACAGAUUGGUCUCAGCUGGGUCAAAGGUCAUGCAUUCGAGCUCGGGAUAACGCCAGACGCGGAGACACAGUUCCUGACCGAUCGGGAUAUCCACGUCCACAUGCCUGAGGGCAGCAUUGGGAAGGAAGGGCCUAGUGCAGGGACUGCAAUUCUGUCGGCACUCGUAUCGCUGUUUACCAAAACAAAAAUAAACCCGGAUAUCGCAAUGACAGGGGAGAUAUCCCUCGUCGGGCAGGUCCUCCCUGUCGGAGGCCUCAAGGAGAAGAUAUUAGCCGCGCACCGAGCUGGUAUCAAGACUAUCAUCGCUCCCGCUGCCAAUAGAGCAGAUAUCGAGGCAAACGUCCCUGAGAGUGUCAAGACUGGCAUCAAGUUUGUAUAUGUCGAGGACGUGAGAGAAGUUCUGCAAGAGGUGUUCGGGGGAGAAGAGAUUGCAGAACGGUGGAAGGAAACAUUGGCAAUAUAACCCCACCAUUCUACCUGCGCAUUUAAUAUAAUCACUGCUUACAUAGUUAGAGACUGGUAUGUUUUUGGCUUCAGCUUUGUUUUGUACACGCAUAGCAGAAACUGUAUUUUACUAUCCUGUUCAUAAAAAAGUUAACAGCUCCCUUCUCAAUGUCGCAUGCCUGUCCGUACUUGGG